GUCGCACAAGGCGCACGCAUGCGUCUCGAUCUCCUAUCAUACUUUAAUUGUUUGCGCCGAAGGAAUCUACGGCAAUGGAUCCGCGGGUGAUUGUGUUCAUUUUAUUAGCCGCUAAUAUUUUAAGUUGGGAAUUUAUGGUUAUGGGGGCGUGCGCGAAUUGCGUCAAUGGGGAACUGACUGUUAGGGAACUAACUAAUGCUAGGAUAGAGUACGUGAAACAGCAGAUCUUGAAGAAGUUACGGUUGAGCCGGCGCCCCGCUGUGGCUGUGCCGGUGAACAGUCUACCGAUGCCGGUGGCGGAGGGCCAGACCCUUAGUGCGGGGGCGGAUAAACCUCCAGAGUUUGAUGACUACUACGGCAGAACGGAACAGAAGAUUAUAUUCCCUGUUGAAGGAGAGUGUCUGACAACGGGCAGGUACCCCUUCAUCUGUCUGCAAUUCGAACUGCCGCCUGACGUUGAGCCCGAGGAGGUCACAGUUGUCGAGCUAUGGUUUUACAAGGAACGCGACCCUCUCGACGAGUACAACCAGACGUUUGUGAUCUCGGAAGCUGCGCACUGGGAUAGCCAGCAACAAUUCAAGAAGACUAAGCCCAUUGCCAUCAAGGAGACGGACGUGGGCGAGGGCUGGGUGCGAGUCGAGCUGGCGUGGGCUGUCCGCGUCUGGCUCGAGGGCAUGGAACGUCUGCACACGUUGCACGUCGCCUGCAGAACUUGUCAGCUACGUCGGGCGCCUCUCUCCUUCCACGAGAAGCAUCGUCCUUUCCUAGUACUGUAUACAAAGUACGCGGGCAAGCGUCGCCGGGGUCGCACACUAGAGUGCGGGGCUACCACCAGCGAGUGCUGCCGGGAACCCCUUUACGUCAGCUUCCGCGAGUUAGGCUGGGACGACUGGAUCAUACGUCCUGCUGGAUACCACGCCUACUUCUGCAAGGGAUCCUGCGCGCCUAUAUCCGCUGUGUCACAAGCUGAUAGCUAUCAUCAUAAUAUUAUUAGGAAAUACUUCUACUCAGUAUCCAACGAGAGGAAAGCAGAGUUCAAGCCGUGCUGCGCGCCGACCACGUUCAGUUCUCUCCAGCUGUUGUAUAUGGAUUCUAACAACACGGUUACGCAAAAGACAUUACCCAACAUGGUGGUAGAAUCCUGUGGCUGCAUGUAGUUCUGAGUGUAUGUAUUUCUAUAGAUUCUUGAAGUGCAACGGAUUAGUUUGUGUUGCUGACUUUAAUUUAUUACUAGCAAAUUAGCAAUUUGUUGUUGUGAUAGUACUAUUUUGUGUGCGUUUCGUCGUCAAAAUGUUUUAGUUAAUGGUAAAAAUUGAAAAAAAUUAUUGACACUUUGUUAAGAAGUAUUUGGUU